UUUAAUAACAAUUUUAACAAUUCACAUAGGUUUCACGCCUUUUUUGAAAAUAUAAAUGUUGCGUUUUGAUUCAGUCAGCAGUUUCUGCUUCCAAGUUCAGUUGUUUAACGUUGCGUAGACCUCCUGCAGGGGCGCUGUUGCUGGUUUAUGACAAAGUAGAGUAUCGUAAAAUCUAGAAGCUUCUGUAUUCUUUAGGUGCGUGACGAUGUUGUAGGUGCUGCCGAAAGUAAAAGUGAGAUGCUGACAUACGGCCAACAAGUGUGGCAUGUAACUAUAUUACAAAACUGGAUAGAUUCAAGGAAGAACUGAGCAAUGUUUGGGUGUUUGGUCGCAGGGAGACUGGUACAAACUGAUGUGCAGCAGGUUGCAGAGGAUAAAUUUGUGUUCAAUCUCCCAGAAUAUGAGAAUGUCAACCACAUAGUUGUGUUUAUGUUGGGGACUGUGCCUUUUCCUGAUGGAAUGGGAGGAGCUGUGUAUUUUUCUUAUCUUGACACAAAUGGUGUUCCAGUAUGGAAGCUCCUGGGAUUUAUCACCAAUGACAAGCCAAGUGUCAUCUUUAAAAUAUCUGGUUUGAAAUCUGGUGAAGGAGGACAGCAUCCAUUUGGAAUGAUGGCUCUUCCACAAACUGCUUCAGUUGCUCAGGUUGGGGUGUCUAUUGAGCCUUUAGAGCAACUGAUUCAGCAGACUCCAGUGGCUAGUGCAGCUGUGUCUGCAGUUGAUUCAUUUACACAGUUUACUCAGAAGAUGUUAGAAAGCUUGUGUAACUUUGCUACUUCUUAUGGAGUUACACAAUCUCAGAUGACACCAAAUCCCUCAGAGAUCUUCAUUCCUACUAGUGUUGUUAUGAAAUGGUAUGAAAAUUUUCAAAGAAGGAUGGCUCAGAAUCCAAAUUUCUGGAAAACAUAGUACUAGGGUGUUGUACCGUGUUAGCCAUUAUGAAUGUAGAGAAAAGCCAAGCAAAAUGACACCUUUUAUUGGCUAACUAGAAAGAUUACAAUAUGCAAAACAUAGAAAUGUGAACUUUUUAUAUUGUUAAAUUAAAAUAAAAUGAACUAAACAAAUUAAAAGAAAAGAUUUCAGAAUUUAACAUGCUUAAUGUAUUACGUGUUGAAUGGAAAAAAUAUCUUUGAACACAGAUGACUGUUGAUUUGGGCACAGCUUCCCUCAUGCAGGUUUCUAUAUUUUGCCUUCAUAUUAUUCAAGUGAACCGUAUUCAAACAUUUAAUUUUUCUCAUAUUUACUCCAAACAUUAGAUUCCAUUGCUGCCUUAACCAUUUUUAAAUUGUAGGUUUUUCCAUUUCAGAUGCAUUCAUGGAUAAACCAGAAUGUUUGAUUUUUAUUUAA